GCAGGAUUAAAUGAGAACAUAUUGAACAGUAAAAGAGAAAUUGAAAACAAAAAGACAAGGUGAGUUUGUGUUGACAAGGACAGCUAAAGAGACGGUUUGACCAAAUGAAAUGGAAUCAAAGAGACUGAGACAAACUUGGGAUUAUCAGUAAUGGAUCAUCAGAAGUGGAGUUCCUCAAGCAUGGACUAGCUUGGGUGUCUGCGUACACACACAUACUCUUUCUACAAACACACACUUUGGUUUCCUGUUGUUAGCCGUCUCGGUGGUGGACAGGACAGUAUGCAGGAGUCUCCAGGUGCCGUGGGUGUAGAUGGCAGCUACGCCAGCAACGUUCCAGCCUUUCUCACCAAGCUGUGGACCCUAGUGGAGGAUCCAGAUACCAACCUCCUCAUCUGCUGGAGCGCUUCUGGGACCAGUUUUCAUGUGUUUGACCAGGGACGCUUUGCCAAGGAAGUCCUUCCAAAGUACUUUAAACACAACAAUAUGGCCAGCUUUGUUCGACAGCUCAACAUGUAUGGAUUCCGUAAGGUGGUCAACAUUGAGCAAAGCGGCCUGGUGAAGCCCGAGAGAGACGACACAGAGUUUCAACAUCUUUACUUCCUCCAGGGACACGAACACAUGUUGGAACACAUCAAGAGGAAGGUGUCCAUAGUAAAAAGCGAGGAGACCAAAGUCCGUCAGGAGGACCUCAGUAAACUGCUCUAUGAAGUCCAGCUUCUCCGAACACAACAAGACAACAUGGAGUGUCAGAUGCAGGACAUGAAACAGCAGAAUGAAGUGCUGUGGAGAGAGGUGGUCUCACUGAGACAGAACCACACACAGCAACAGAAAGUCAUGAACAAGCUGAUUCAGUUUCUGUUCAGCCAGAUGCAGUCCAACACACCCAGCACUGUAGGCUUAAAGAGAAAGCUGCCCUUGAUGUUGGACGAUGGUUCUCCCGGCGAUCCGGGCUCCAAGUUCAGCCAUAGUCACCCGACGGAGCCCAUGCAUGAGCUUUUCUACAUCCAGUCGCCAUCCAGUGAUACUGCCUCUUGCUCUACCAGUGGGCUGAGAGGAGGACCGAUAAUAUCCGAUGUAACUGACAUGUCUCAGCCCAGUAUGCAGCCUGAUGAGACGAGGGAAAAGUGCAUGAUGCUUAUCAAAGAGGAGCCUGUGAGUCCAGGGGUGCGAGGAGGAAGGAAAGGAGACAAUGCAGGGGGAGAAGAUGCCGUAGCGUUGGCGUCCUCCUGUGAGGUGUGCUCCUCAGAACCUCCUGUGCUCCCCGUCGCGAUGGUCCAGUCUGUUCUGGAGGGAAGGGGCUCCCUGGCCUCUAUGGUGGAGAGGAGAAGUAAGAGACCUGCCCUGGACAGAGUGGAGGUUUCCGAUGCGGUGGAGAACGUGGACAUGAGCCUGGAGGAGCUGCAGCAGCUGCUGCUCAGGAGCCAUCAGCAGAGCACUGUGGACGCUGGGACCAGUUCUGUUCUGGAUGUCAGUUGACCUGCGCUAAUCACAAACAAACGUACAACUUGUUUAACUGCACAUACAUUCCGUCAUGUCUAAAGUGGUAUCCGUCUCUGCCUCUCAAAGACCACAAUGGCCUUGAUUCCAUAACAUACUGAUCUACUAAACGUCUGCUCACUCCUGUUUCUCUUUCACUCACUUUCUCUCUGCAGCCU